CCCACUUUCCCAACUUCAAGUUCGACCACCACCACCUCGCUCUGACAAGUUUGCUCGCCCUCCCUAGGUGAGAAUGGCGUUCUUCGCCCCGGGUUUGCGCCGAAUGGCCUUCCGAAUAUCCAGUCAGGCCCCAAUUAUCCGACAAUGUGCACGCCAGCAGCCUCAAUUGCGCUCCCCGUCCCGCAUCAUCAACUUGGUUCGAUGUCGAACCUACGCCGAGGCGAGAACGCAGUCGCCCACCGCGGCCGGCCUCGGUGGCAAUGCUGCAGCAGCGCAUGGUACUGGCACUGGAGGCGCUGCCCAAGCUGCUGCUAAUGCGGCGAAGAAGGCGUUUCCGGAAAAGACGACAUCCAAGGCUGUGGCCUACUGGCUACUGGGAAGUGCAGUCAGUGUCUUCGGCAUCGUCGUGUGGGGUGGCUUGACGAGGUUGACCGAAUCUGGGCUGAGCAUCACUGAAUGGAGGCCUGUCACCGGUUCGAUCCCCCCCACCACCGCCGACGACUGGGAGUCCGAGUUCGCAAAGUACCGCGCAUCGCCCGAGUUCGUCCUUCUCAACCCACACAUGACCCUUGAAGAGUUCAAGAAGAUCUACUGGAUGGAAUGGCUACACCGCGCCUGGGGUCGCUUCGUCGGACUCUCCUUCGUUCUACCCGCGGCCUACUUCGUCGCUCGUCGCCGCGUCUCCAAACCUAUGGCCUUCAAUCUGUUCGGCAUCUCCGCCCUCAUCGGGUUCCAAGGUUUCAUCGGAUGGUGGAUGGUCAAGUCCGGCCUCAAGGACGACCUGUUUGCCCCGGGCGCCCACCCCCGCGUCAGCCAGUACCGUCUUACCGCCCAUUUCGCCACCGCCUUCCUCUGCUACUCCUCGAUGCUCCUCUCGGCCCUUACUGUGCUGCGCACUCGGAAACUGCUUGCGGAUCCGACUGCGGCCAUGAAGACCAUUGCGGCGCUUAAGAACCCGGCCAUUGCGCCCUUCCGCCGCUCCGUCUAUGCUCUCGCCGCUCUCGUGUUUACCACCGCCAUGUCCGGCGCCCUCGUUGCCGGCCUGGACGCCGGUCUCAUCUACAACGAGUUCCCCAAAAUGGGCCUAGGGCUGACCCCUCCUCGCUCCGAGCUGUGGGACAAGUUCUACUCCCGAAAGGAAGACGGCUCGGAUCUGUGGUGGCGCAAUAUGCUGGAGAACCCCAGCACCGUUCAGCUUGACCACCGGAUCCUAGCCAUGACCACUUCGACUACCAUUCUUGCCCUUUUCGCCUAUUCUCGUAAGGGCCGGCCGGCUUCAGCUCUGCCCAAGGCGGCGAAGAAGGGCAUGACUGGCGUCGUGCAUCUCGUUCUUCUGCAAGCAGCUUUAGGCAUUAGCACGCUCAUCUACAUGGUUCCCAUUCAUUUGGCGGCCACUCAUCAGGCUGGCAGCUUGGCCUUGUUGACCGGUGUCCUGGUGCUGGGCCAUAAACUGCGUGUGCCCAAGUCGACGUUGGCCAUGCUGGAGAAACGAAUCAAGCCACCGACAACACCAAAGCAUUGAUAGAUAGACUUGCGCUGUCACCUUUUGUCAUCAAUACGUGUAACUGUAACAACAAUACUGUAGAACCAUGUGUAUGUAGGAUCUAUCAAGCUAGCCGCAUUGGCGCUGUAUUUUUCCUCUCUCUACCGUUCUUUGUCUAUUUUAAUUC